AUGGAGGGAGCUUUCAGAUCUACAAAACGAAAAUUGUAUGAAAAACUUGUCACAAAUUGUGCAAUAAAUGAGGUAGGAACGAAGAGGCCGUACAGUGGGGGGUGGGGAGCAUCGGAUACCUUUCGUGUCUGGUCUAUUACGUUGAGCAAUCGAAUCAGAGGAGUAGAUCUGAUAAUGUCACAGAUUUUAUGUAACAAAAAAGUUGUAUUGGAACUGUGCAAGAGAGAGAGAGAGAGAGAGAGAGAGAGAAAUUAUAGGACAGCAAUGACGAGAAAGCAAUUCAAAAAGCAGAGGAGAGGCAAAGAAACUGAGAUAAGAUCAGGCGCACACACACACUCACCAAAACCAAAAGCUUUUGUGUGGUCUUUUCUCUCUCGUCAAUCAUAG